UAACCAUCCAAGUGCAAAUACCUAGGUACGUGGAGGUGCUUAAGCGACAGCCACAUUGCGGUCGGUCUCAAUUUACCCCUACAAGCAAAACAGCUUGGUAAUCCUCCCCAGCAGUGCAGGGGAAACUUUGACCCCGGCAUUAAUCAGAGCAGAGGAAAGCAGAGCCUCACCAACACAGCAAACAAACGAUUGGCUGGAUGGGGAAGAUGGCCCGUCAUGAUACAAUUAAAUAUGCACUUCCUUCGCCUUAUUUAUUCUUCUAGCUACUCGCUGUUGCAUUUUCUCAACUUCUCAAUUGUUAUCUCAUACAAUCAUCGCGCUGUAGGAUAGUGCCCGUCUUGGGCUACAUUCCAUCCCGUAAUUACGCGACCCAGCUACUCAUAUCGACACUCUUCCCUCUUGCAUUCACUUGAAUAUGGACUCUGAAUCGAGCAGAAGCAAGGAGCAUGAAGCCCCGGCCCCUCUUACAGAACCUGACCUUCAGAAGGGAGAUGUGGCGGCUCUAGGCGGCAAGGAUGAGGUUGAAGAGAAGCGAAAGAUCACCGGCCUCCGCUGGUUCUUCUUCGUGAUCAGCACUCUGGCUAGUAUCUUCCUCUACUCGCUCGAUAAUACCAUUGUCGCAAACAUCGUUCCCACUAUUGUGAACGACUUGCAAGGUGUCAGCCAGCUCGCAUGGCUCUCUGUUGGUUUCACCAUCGGAGGCAUGACCACCGUGCUUCCCUUCGGCAAACUCUACAACAUCUACGAUGCCAAAUGGGUUUACAUCGCGUCGACCAUCGUGUUCUUGGCUUCCUCGGCCUUGUGCGGCGCGGCGCCAAACAUGAACGCCGAGAUCGUCGGCCGUGUCUUCGCUGGUGCUGGCGGCAAUGGCAUGUAUUUCGGUCUUAUCGCUCUCUUGUCCAUCCACACCACGCCCAAGGAAAGACCCCAGUAUCUCAGUUUCACUGGUCUUUGCUGGGGUCUCGGGACUGUCCUUGGACCUGCAGUCGGCGGUGGCUUCGCACUCUGGACAUGGCGCUGGGGGUUCUACAUCAACAUUGUCAUUCUCGGCCUUGUGCUACCCUUGGCCCUCUUCAGUAUCCCUUCAGCCCCUCCGAUGGCCGACAAGACGCAACUAGAAAAGCUGAAACUCAUUGACUGGUUGGGUUGGGGGCUCUCGCUCGCCGGUAUGGUUCUUUUGGUCAUCGCCAUCAACUUCGGCGGCGUCAAGUUCGACUGGAAUAGCGGUGCCAUCAUUGCUCUGUUCGUUUUGGGGAUCGCUCUCCUCAUCGUCUUCGCUCUCCAGCAGCACUUUUGCUUCCUGACCACCCGAGAGCAGCGCCUUCUCCCCAUACACUUGUUCACCUGGCGGAUGCCGUUCCUCUUGUUCUGGACCUGCAGUGCCAUCGGUGGUGUCGCCUACACCUCGGUCUACUACAUUCCCCUAUACUUCCAAUUCACGCGCGGCGACUCCGCCAUUUAUACUGCAGUGCGCCUCUUACCUUACAUCAUUCCGCUCAUCGUGGUGAUGCCGUCAAGCGGGGCUCUUCUCAGCCGUUGGGGAUACUAUAAACCGAUCUAUGUUAUUGGUUCCAUCGCUACUACAAUCACCUCUAUUCUCUUUGCCCAUUAUGUCAAGCUGGAUACCCCUGUCGGCGCAGUAUACGCGAUCGAAGUGUUCCUCGGCGCAGGCACCGGCGCCUAUACGCAAUCGUCAUUUGCCGUCUCUCAAUCGGUUGUGCCAACCUCUGAGGCGCCGAACGCACUAGCCCUCAUGAUGAUCGCCCAGCUCAGCGGUCUGACGUUCUCACUGGCCAUUGCUGGCGCCGUGUUCGUCAACACCGCUCAGCAGGGCUUGUUUCAACUCCUCCCGGACGUGCCCCGAUCCCAGGUCCAGGACCUCGUUGCCGGCGCUACCAGUAACUUGAUACAUACGCUGCCCGACGACGUACGAACGGAUGCGCUCAAGAUCAUAGUCUCCUCGUUAAACAAGACCUUUAUAGUCGUCUAUGUCGGGGCAAUCAUCACGCUGCUGUGUUCGGCCGUGUUUACGAAUGGAAAAGCGAACGCGAAUCAAGAUGCGCCGAAGGUCGAGGAAAAGGUGGCACCGUCAGCCUAGUCUUGUGUGCCUAGAAUUACCUCAGCUUGACGUUUAAGAGCCGUGUAUUGGAGGAUGAUGGGGAAAAUGCAUUUACAUCUAAUAGUUGCGAAGGAGUAAGGGAGUAAAUCAAGAGGAAAUGGUCCUCUAAUAUCGUUCCGGGAUGUAUUAGUAUACAUAUUGCAAGACUUGGCAUAUAUCGACCUUUUUCUACAUUUAGGAGAAGCAGUUCCUGACUACGUUAAUUAGCGUGUCUGUGUUCAACUCGGUGUAUAUGCUCCGCUCUACAUUGGGUGAUAAGUAAUUGAGAACCGCGGCACGCUUCGAAAUCUGUGGUAUUUCAUUGUUGGGUGCUGUGGCCGGACGGAGGUGGUUCUUCACGAUUCCAUCAGAAAUGGGAAGAAAGUCAAAAAUGCAAUAUUGAUUUUAAUAAAGACAUUAUUGCUUCUAUAAUUAAAGCAAGC